AUGGUCCAACUAAUGCUUGAACUAUUGUUGAAUAUGUCACACAAGCAAAAACGAGGCCUUGCUAUGGGUGAUCGUAUAUCACCUGUGUUCAUCUUCCUGGACCACAUCGAUAAGUCAUCAAUGACUAGUGGAAACCUGUUCUACAAAUGUGAUAUUGAUGGCAUAUUCAUCAUUGGAACAACGAAGGACCUUGUAGAAACCUGA